AUGAAGUUCGCAAACCACGGGACUGACGGCAGUAGAGAGCUAGAGCGAGAUCUGGUACCGGAGUGGCGGCUCAAGUACUUAGACUACAAGGUGGGCAAGAAGAAGCUCAAGGCCAUCAGUCGCGCCCUCCGCAAUGUCGAAUCGACCCCACGCCUCCGCCGACGCGGCACCCAGAUCCUGCCCUCGCCCUUCGACGCCGCGCCCAAGUACACGUACCUCAACCGCGACCAGACGGGCAGCGCCAGAGACCCCGAGGACCUGAGGGCGCUUGCUAUCACGAACAGCCGCAGCCAGCACAGCCUGCGCCAGAGGGCGAACAGCAACCAGAGCGGCCGCACGCCCGAAGAAGAGCCAUUGGCACAGAGCGAAACGAACCGCCGAGACUGGGCACACAACUACGGCAGCUUUGAGGGAAGCACAUCUGAUGGCGCCACCAAGACAGGCACCUCUGCAGACAAGUCCAGGGCACCGCCGUCCUUGAAGCUGCCUGGGGCUGCGCUCGACCCUGAGAACCCUUCCCCUCAAGGAGGAGCGGCGUCUGGCGCAUCGCUGCGAAAGCAGAAGACAGUCACGCUUCCUCCGCCAGCAGAGAACGACAACGACAAUGCUUUCGAAGUUGGGAAGACAGUGUCGCCCCACAAGCAUCACAGCUCGUUGCCCAACAGAUACAAGAGCGUCUUCACCCCCAAGCGCAUGAACUCGCUGCCCGGCCCUAUCACCGAGCACAAGUCGCGCCCAUCGGUACGCCGUCUAUUCUCCUUGAGCAGCAAGACUCCCCCGGACAGCCCAGGCGACGUCCCCCUCGAAGCCUAUCGCGAUCUUGACUUCCGACAAGCCGAGUUCUUCAACUUCCUCGAUGGCGAGCUGGAUAAGAUCGAGUCGUUCUACAAGCACAAGGAAGACGAGGCUACCAAGCGCCUGAACGUGCUACGCGACCAACUCCACAUUAUGCGAGACCGACGUAUCGACGAGGUCAUCAAACGUCAGACGGACAAGAUCAAUGCGAAGGCCCAUAAGAAACACGACGGGCAUCAUGUGCUGAGCAACGGUCAGAACAGCAGCUCGGGCGACGAAAAUCAGCAGGCCAACGGGAACGGGAAUAUUGGAAACACUCUCAAGGACACUUUCCUAAACCCCAUAGACGCCGCGCUGGAUGCCAUCAACGCGGGUAAGUACGGGAAGAGCACCAAGAACAUAACACAGCUCGCGACUCCGGCGGCACUUCAGCCCAAGGACCAUCCCGAUAGUCGUCGCGACUUUGCUAGACGGCCAGAACUACCCGACGUACCAUACCAGACGGCGAAACGCAAGCUCAAGGUGGCACUGCAGGAGUACUACAGAGGACUCGAGCUUCUCAAGUCUUACGCAUUGUUGAAUCGGACUGCCUUCCGGAAAAUCAACAAGAAGUACGACAAGACUGUCAAUGCGCGACCGUCAUCGCGGUACAUGAACGAAAAGGUCAAUCAAGCCUGGUUCGUCAACAGCGAUGUCAUCGAAGGGCAUAUUCGAGCAACGGAGGACCUAUACGCAAGAUACUUCGAGAAGGGCAACCACAAAGUCGCCAUCGGGAAGCUACGCAUCAAGAUCGCACGAGCAGGCGAUUACACAGACAACACAUUCCGCAACGGUCUGCUAUUGUCGGCGGGUGUCAUACUUGGCAUCCAGGGUCUCAUCAAAGCAAACACUAUUGCAGAUCUGCACAAUACUGACGGGAAUGAGUUCGCAGUGAACACAAGCUAUCUGUUGCAGAUAUAUGCCGGCUACUUCCUCAUCAACUUCCUUCUUCUCCUAUUCACUCUGGCGUGUCGGACCUGGCACGAGCACAAGAUCAACUACGUCUUUAUCUUCGAAUAUGAUACCCGCCACCACUUGGACUGGAGGCAACUUGCGGAGGUUGGGGGAGAUGGACUCUAUCUAUACUACCCAGUCAUUCUUAUUGGUAUAUCGGUCGCGCUUUUGUUCAAUCCUCUGAGGAUAAUGUACUUCCGUACUCGCAUGUGGCUGCUGUACUCCCUGGGCAUCGCACUAUUUUUCUGUCUCUAUGCGCACGGUUGGGACAAUCCCAACCAAUGCAACUCGUCUCACCUACGCGUUACCGGCGUUAUGACGACGUUGCCGGGUAUAUGGCGAUUGAUGCAAUGUCUGCGACGUUACAAAGACACCGGAAAUAAGUUCCCUCAUCUGCUGAACGGCGGAAAGUACAUCGCAACCAUCUUGUUCUAUGUCUCCACCAGCAUCUACCGCAUGGAUCAGAAACCGUCCACCAAGGCAGUCUUCAUACUGUUCGCAACCAUUAAUGGCAUCUAUACGAGCUUCUGGGACAUCUACUACGACUGGAGUCUCGGUGACCCACACGCCAAGCAUCCCUUCCUGCGCAAAGAGCUGGGAUACAAGAAGGUAUGGUGGUACUAUACUGCCAUGUGUAUCGAUCCAAUCUUACGGAACAACUGGGUUAUGUACCUCGUCACACCCCUGCAGCUUCAGCACUCGGCGACUACUUCUUUCUGUGUCUCGCUCAGUGAGAUCUUCAGAAGAGGCAUGUGGUCUGUAUUCCGUGUCGAGAACGAGCACUGCACGAACGUCGGUCGCUUCCGCGCAAGCAGAGACGUACCACUGCCGUACUACCUCCCCCUGGACGCAGAGGAGGAAGAGGAUCACACCUCUGGUAUCCCUCGAGCACCUACCCUCAUCGACGAAGAACAGCCCGACGAGGCUCGUCCCUACACCCCAACCGAGAACAAUAACCAAGUCCGCCGUCCAGCUACAGCUUCAGGAGCAGAUCUCGAACACUCCCAAUCAAAUACGCGCAAGCGCCGCGGCCCUCAAGACGACUUCCGUCCCUCACCUCUCCAGCGCGCGUUCACUCAUGUCGGCGAAAUCUUCCGCGACGCCCACGCUGAGGACUUUGAGCGCAAGACGAAACCGGAGCUUGGCCGCGAUCCUCGCGAAUCGAAUAAAGCCGACGACGACGAUACAGAUGACGACUCAGAUAACGAGGACGAGCAGGAGCAGGAAGCGUUGGUCAACGCCGAUGGUAGUGAUGGCUCGGAUAGUAGACACAGCAUUGCUGAGGUGGAAGUCGAUGAUGAAGUCGCGGAUGAGGAGGAACAGAGUGCGCUGUCGAGGAUACGCGAGGACUUCAAUAUUGGAGUUACUGGGGCGAGGAGCGAUCAUACGCAUCAGAAGUAG